GACAAGUGAUCUCCUCCCACCGCUCUUGAAAGCUGCAAACACCGCGAUGUCAGCGAACGCGCCACGUUACAAGCAGACGCUGGUUCGGCUGAGUGGGAAGAUAAUUAGAAUUUCAUCUUAAAACGGAGAAACGCCACGAAUUUAUUGUUGAUUGUUGUCUAUUUGUUUGGACGUGGACAGCGCGCCGUUUCAAAAAUGCUCCAGUCUCUCGCCGGUAAUUCGUGCGUUCGGCUCAUCCAGAGGCACAAAUCGAUGUGGUAUUUUACGUGUCUGGUGGUGGGCUACAUCCUUUUUCUCAUCUUCGGGGCCGUGGUCUUUUCGUCCGUCGAGCUGCCUUAUGAAGACGAGCUGCGCCAGAACCUGAGGGCCAUGAAGACGCAGUUCCUCCGGGACCACGAAUGUCUGUCCGAGGACAGUCUGGAGAGGUUUCUGAAGGAAGCCCUCGACGCGAGUAACUAUGGGGUCUCCAUCCUGAACAAUACCUCUGCCAACUGGAACUGGGACUUCACUUCUGCUCUGUUCUUUGCCAGCACUGUGCUGUCCACCACAGGUUAUGGUCACACAGCUCCACUGUCGGAGGGCGGCAAGGCCUUCUGCAUCAUCUACUCUGUGAUCGGCAUCCCCUUCACCCUCCUCUUCCUCACUGCUGUGGUGCAAAGGAUCAUGGUGUACAGCACCAGGAGGCCCAUCACGUACAUCCACACACGCUGGGGCCUGUCCAAACCUCUGGUGGCCAUUGUCCACGCCUGCCUCCUCGCCUUGUUGGCCGUUUCUUGCUUCUUCCUCAUCCCUGCUGCCAUCUUCUCAGCGUUGGAGGACAACUGGAACUUUUUGGAGUCUUUCUACUUCUGCUUCAUUUCUCUCAGCACCAUCGGAUUGGGAGAUUACGUGCCAGGAGAGGCGGCCAAUCAGAAGUUCAGGGAGAUCUACAAGCUGGGCAUCACUGUCUACCUGAUCCUGGGUUUGAUCUUCAUGCUGGUGGUCCUGGAGACUUUCUGCGAGCUGCAGCAGCUGAAGCAGCUGAGGAAGAUGUUCUACCUGAAGAAGGAGAAGACGCAGGACCGCCUUGCCAUCCUGGAGCACGACCACCUGUCCUUCACCCUGCAGUCGGACAAGGCGCACGGCGACAAGGCCCGGAUGUUCGUUAGCGCCUCAAGCCUGUCCUCUCGCAGCGACGAACUCAUGAUCCAGUAGCGACAGGACAACUGAGAAGUACACACACAAAAAGUCUUUGCUGUAUUUAUAGCUCUCAGGAGCAGAGCUUCACUCAGAGCUGUCUGGUAUUUAAAGUCAUCUUACAAGAUAGUUGAUCUGUAGCUUUGUCAUUAAAUAGCACUACUUUUGUAAAUACCUUGGAAGGUGAACAGUUGGGGGGCGAUUGAAUAGGCGGAUAUUCAGAACCUUCUUUGGGUACAAAGCUGACUGACAGAAGCUUUAGAAGGCAAUUUAAUUUCAGCACAGUGGUCGUGUUGAAAAUACUCUGACAAGUGGUUUAAAAAAUUUAUUUAAGAACAGUGGUCCUACUUUUUCUUUAAUGAAGGUGUAAAGUGCCGCGCUUGCUCUUCGUUUCAUUCAGGGAUUUAUUUUCUCGGCACGUACGUGUAAUAAUCAUGUUUUUAUUCGUACAGAGUGUACGUCGUCACUCUUUAAUUUAUUGCCUCGUCUGAAAUAAUGUGUCGGAUGUGCAACAAAAGGGAUGUGAGAUUGUUUAACUUAAGGCAGUUGAAUUUGCACAUGUACAGAGAUGUGCUUUUUUUUAAGUCUCAGCUGUAUUGAGAAAUGCACAGAACACAUAUUACCGGUACUCAUAAUUUAUUAUUAGGAUUCAUUGAAUGUCGACCAUAUUUUCAUCUUCUUGGUUAUGCACAAGAAACAAUGUAUUGGAGAGACGUGAACACCAACGACAACUAAGUAAAUUAGUGCCAAACUUUUUAACAUUCCUAUUGGUGUUUGACAAAAAUGUACUCCUACAGAUAACUUUGUAAAAAAAAAAGAUUUUUUUAGUGUACCUUACGUCUUGCAAUCACUUGAAGCCUUUUUUUUUAAUGUCUGGGAUUUUUUAAUGCUUUUUUUUGUUGUUGUGUGCUGGCAUGCUAACCAGGGUUUAGCAUCAUUUUUCCGCCAGGCUUUUGCUAGUUACUUAAUGUGUCCAAUACAUUUUUGAAAUUUUUGUAAUAUAAAAUGGACCUUAAAUGUUGCUGUUUUCCAUCACUGUAAAUAAUUUCCCAAAGUGAAUAUAUUGUCCAGAAUUACAAACGAAAACAAUUUACUGAUGCUGACGACGUAAGUGAAUCUUCUGUUUGACAUUUCCUUGCAUAAAUCCUCAGUUGUCAUCAACAUAUGUUUAUGUCCGUAUUGUGUCAGGUAGUAAAUGUGAAGAUCAUUUCGUCCAAAGGAAUACAUUCCUCGAAGCUUUUUUGGCAUUUGUGUUGGUGAAAUAA